UUGUUGGUGUUGACCGGGAUACUUUGGGGUUGUACCAAUCCCUUUAUCCGCCAGGGUACAAAAGGUUUGCGUUCGGUCCAAGCGGGAACAAGGCUUGGUCAGGCUUACGCCGAAAUUGUUUUUCUUUUGAGUAACUGGCGGUACGUGGUGCCUUUUCUGGUGAACCAAUGCGGGUCCCUAGUAUACCUGAUGGCUGUACAACGCGCGCCCCUGUCGCUGGCUGUGCCAGCUUCAAACAGUUUAGCCUUCGCCUUCACUGCAAUCACAGGCUCGGCUAUUGGUGCCGAGGAACCCUUGGACUAUGGUUCAAUCCUAGGCAUAGUGUUCAUAGUGAUCGGAACUGCGUUAUGCUGUUGGGACAAAAGUUACUGA